UGGAGAGCAUCAAGAAGGAGUAGAGGCCCGCCGAGGCAUCUGCAGUGCAGACCCGCCGCAGAAACAGGUGUCCGCGGAGAGCUUUGGGGCUUACCGUUGCAAGCCGAACACGGUGGUCUGGGGAGGGAGGUUUUUUGGGGGGGCUUUCCUUCCCCCCUUCCCUAUCCUCCCCCUCCCCCUUUUCUUUUUCUGUCUCUCUUUUUCCUUUCCCUCCCUCCCCUUGGGCUUAAAAUGGUGUCCAAACUCAGCGCUUUGCAACACGAGCUCCUCAACGCUCUGCUCACCUCGGGAGUCACCAAAGAGGUCCUGAUCCAAGCUCUGGAGGAACUGAUGCCUUCAUCUAGCAGUACGAACGCUCCAGCAGCCGGGGGCGGCUACGGGGUGAAACUGGAAAACUUGCAGCUAUCUCCCGGCGGCGGCGGCGGCGGCGGGACGGAGGCGGACAGCAAGCCCAUCUUCCACACCCUCACCAACGGGCACAGCAAAGGCAGGCUGUCAGGGGACGAAGGGUCGGACGACGGGGAUGACUUUGACACCCCGCAGAUCCUCCGGGAGUUGCAGGCGCUCAAUACCGAGGAGGCGGUGGAACAGAGGGCCGAAGUGGAGCGGAUGAUCAGUGAAGACCCUUGGCGAGCUGCAAAGAUGAUCAAGGGUUACAUGCAACAACAUAACAUCCCCCAAAGGGAGGUGGUGGAUGUCACUGGACUGAAUCAGUCCCACCUUUCUCAGCAUCUCAACAAGGGGACGCCUAUGAAAACACAGAAACGGGCAGCGCUCUAUACGUGGUAUGUCCGGAAACAGAGAGAGAUCCUCAGGCAAUUCAACCAGACAGUCCAGGGUUCUGGAAAUAUGACAGAAAAAAGCAGUCAAGAUCAGCUGCUGUUUCUCUUUCCAGAAUUUAACCAGCAAAACCAGGGUGUGGGCCACAUAGACGACUCUUGUGCUGAAACGCCCAGCAAGAAGAUGAGGCGCAACCGCUUCAAGUGGGGUCCUGCUUCCCAGCAGAUCUUGUACCAGGCCUACGACCGGCAAAAGAACCCCAGCAAGGAAGAAAGGGAAGCGCUGGUAGAGGAAUGCAACAGGGCAGAAUGCCUCCAGCGAGGUGUGUCACCUUCUAAAGCACACGGCUUGGGUUCAAAUUUGGUCACAGAAGUCCGCGUCUACAACUGGUUUGCAAACCGAAGGAAAGAGGAAGCUUUUCGGCAGAAACUAGCCAUGGAUGCCUACAGUACGGGGCAGCCUCACACCAUGAACCUCUUGCUGUCCCAUAGUUCACCUCACCAUGCUCAACCCAGCUCUUCUCCGCCCAGCAAAAUGCCAGGGGUCCGCUACAACCAGCCAGGUGGCCAUGAAGUGACUUCCUCUACUACCAUCAGCCAUCAUGGUAACAACUCGAUGGUGACCACCAGCCAGCCAAUUCUCCAGCCAGUGUCUCCAGCCAGUUUGGAUCCAAGUCACAGCCACAGCCUGCUGUCCCCCGACGGUAAAAUGAUUACAGUUUCUGGCGGUGGGCUCCCUCCGGUCAGUACCCUUACCAAUAUCCACAGCUUUUCCCAUCACAACCCACAACAAUCCCAGAAUCUUAUUAUGACACCUUUAUCAGGAGUCAUGGCUAUCACACAAAGCCUAAACAGUUCGCAGGCACAGAGCGUCCCCGUUAUCAACAGUGUGGCCCUCCAGCCAGUCCAGUUCUCCCAACAGCUGCACAGCCCACACCAGCAGUCAAUCAUGCAGCAGUCAACCAAUCCAAUGGCUCAACAGCCGUUCAUGGCUGCCGUGACACAGCUGCAGAAUUCACACAUGUACGCACACAAGCAAGAAUCUCCUCAGUAUUCCCACACAUCACGGUUCCCUUCAGCCAUGGUGGUCACGGAUACCAGCAGCAUCAGUUCAUUAACCAAUAUGUCUUCCAAUAAACAGUGUCCACUACAAGCCUGGUGAUCCUUCACCCAGAUCCCUGUGCAUUUCGCAACUGGAAAUUAUUCUUCCACAAUGUCCUGCCUGACCAUGAUGAGAUCUUGGGGCUGCUGUAGCAAAGCCUGAGCAGCUCGCUUAGCAUGAUCCCAAAGAGAUCCUGCUCAGCCUGGAGAGCGGAUUAGAAGUUCCAAAAGACAGCAGCUGAUGUGACUUGUUUUAAGGGGUCCAGAACAGUGUCUGCCAGACUGAGCAUUUCCCAUAGUAUUUUCCAAGACUUAUUGUCUUAAGGAUGUCAAAGUAUUUUCCUUCUUGAGGAUAUUUGUUUCUUACAAACACAAGAACAAAAGGGAUGCUGAAUGAGAAGCUUGGAAAGAACGUAAAGCUGGAGAUCAAUCAUAUUUAUAAAGUUACAUUCUUCUACUGAAGAGGACUAGAGAGAGGACUUGGGGCUGUUGUGUCAGGUUCCAAAGGAGGAGCCAUCUGUGCUGUUGAACUGAACCAACUGAACUGUAUAUAGAGGAACUCCAUAUUCUGGCUCUUCCCUCCUCUCCCCAAUGCCUAUCCACAGAGAUUUAUAUUAAAAAAAAGUUAAUGUUGUCUAAUGGAUGUAUUAAGAAAUUAAGUGCAAUGCCCCCCACCCCACCUGUACAUAGAAUCACAAAGUCUCCUAUUAUGUCUCUCUUUGUUUUUGUAAGGACAACAUUUAAGUUGCAAUGUUCCUUGGUUUUGGAUUAACAAAUCAGAAGAAUGAAAGAAAAAAAAUCACUGGCAAACAAACAUUGAUUUAUCAGCAUUUCAUAAAUUCGGGCCACAAGUCAGUGCCUUUUUGCAGUUAUGGGCUGGCUGAUUUCAAAAGGAGGACAGGAACCAAAAUGUGGAUGUUUGGAAAGAAGGCACAAGUAUUUAAUGGCUGCAUUCAUAUAACACACUUAGCCUGGUUAUGGAAUUAAUCAAUUUCCUGGGUGUGCAUAACAUAAGCUAAGCAAAUAGGUUGGGUUGAUACAUGGUAAGCCACAAAACUAAACAACUAACCCCAGCUUAGCAUAUUUGCUUAAUGUAUCUACCAUGUCUUUACUUAAAUGUAUUGUCUAAACACAAACAAUGAAUUGGUUCACACUUUGCA